CAGUGACAUGAAAGCUGUGCGUAGAUACACUAAACCCAUUCUAACAUUGGAUUCAAGCAAUAUAAAUUUGUCGCCCAUAGCCGUAGCUACAUCCGUGAACGAACAUGGAUCCACCUUGACUCCCGAGAAAACCCCUUUGUGGGUGCGGGCAUACCCGACUUGCCUAUCUAGUAUACACCAAAUAUUGCAAAAAUGCGCGAGAGAAAAGUUUACCAUGGAAGGAAUGGCUUGUCAUGGCUGUAUAAUUCAGUAUGGAUUAUGGGCAGACACUUUAACUUCAAAUAUGCUCAUAAAUAUGUAUUCAAAAUGUGGGUCUAUCGAGCAUGCGCGUAAAGUGUUCGAUGAAAUGCCUGAAAGAAGCCUAGUUUCCUGGAAUACCAUGAUGGGAUCAUAUACUCAGAAUGGACAGGAAAGAGAGGCUCUUGAUCUUUUUGUUCGGAUGCAAAGAGAAGGGGAAGAAUUUAGUGAAUUCACACUCUCGGGGGUUUUAUGUGCUUGUGCUGCUGAGUUUGCAGUGUUCGAAUGUAGGCAGUUACAUGCUUUUGCUCUUAAGGCAUCCAUGCUUACAAAUAUGUUUGUUGGCACUGCUCUGCUUGAUGUUUAUGCCAAGUGCAGUCUACUGAAAGAUGCAAUUCGGGUCUUUGAGUAUAUGCCCGAAAGGAGUGAUGUGACAUGGAGUUCAAUGGUUGCAGGGUAUGUGAAAAAUGCGCUUUAUGAGGAAGCUUUGUUAAUGUUUAGAAAAGUACAGGUUACUGGAGUUGAAGUUAACCAAUUUAUUAUUUCUUCGGUUCUUGCUGCUUGUGCUGCUAUAGCUGCUAAAAUUGAAGGGAUUCAGGCGCAUACGGUGUUAUUGAAGAUGGGUUUCGUUGCAAACUUCUUUGUGUCUUCUUCUCUUGUAGAUAUGUAUUCCAAAUGCGGAAGCAUUAACGAAGCUUAUUUAGUCUUUUCAUGUACAGAAGAGAAAAAUAUUGUUUUACUGAAUGCAAUGAUUUCCGGGUUUUCCAGACAUGGUCGAUCUAUGGAGGUAAUGAUGUUAUUUGAGAAAAUGCAGCAAAUUGGGUUGCAACCAAACGAGGUUACUUACGUCUCUGUGUUGUCUGCAUGUGGCCAUAUGGGAUUGGUCAAAGAGGGAAAGAAUUACUUUGAUAUGAUGGUAAAAGAACAUAAUUUAUCACCUAAUGUUUUCCACUAUUCUUGCAUGGUUGAUGUUCUUGGUCGAACAGGCCUUAUUGACGAAGCCAAGAGUUUGAUCGACAAAAUGCCAUUUGAGGCGACUGCAGCCAUUUGGGGAUCACUUUUGAGCUCAUGUAGAGUCCAUGGAAAUGUUGAGUUGGCUGAGAUUGCUGCUAAACGUCUAUUUGAGAUUGAACCUGAAAAUGCCGGAAACCAUGUCUUGCUUUCAAACAUUUAUGCCGCAAAUAGACAGUGGGAUGAAGUUAUACAGGCAAGAAAGCUUCUUAAGGAAACAGAAGUAAAGAAGGAGAGGGGUAAGAGUUGGAUUGAGAUUAAAGACAAGGUUCAUGCGUUUAUGGUUGGAGAAAGAAACCAUCCAAGAAUUGGUGAGAUUUAUUCAAGAUUGGAGGAUAUGCUAGAAGAGAUGAGAAAGAUUGGUUAUAGAGGCGAGACUCAACAUGACCUGCACAAUGUCGAAGAGAAUCAGAAAGCAGAACUUUUAAGGCACCACAGUGAGAAACUUGCUCUUGUUUAUGGAUUGAUGUGCUUACCUUCUUCUGCUCCUGUAAGAAUCAUGAAGAAUCUCAGAAUCUGUGGGGAUUGCCAUGCUUUUAUGAAGUUGGCAUCCAAAAUUACAGGAAGGGAGAUUGUAGUAAGGGAUACAAAUCGAUUUCAUCAUUUUAGGUACGGGCUUUGCUCAUGUGGAGAGUUUUGGUAAUGUUAUGUUGAGUUGGCUGAGAUUGCGGCUAAACGUCUGAUGGGAUCUGGUAUAAUAUUUUUUGGGGUGAAACUUGCUAUCCAAAGAGGAUUACGGUUUCAAGGAUCACACAUGAUGGUGU